CUCCUGCCUGGAACUUUUGGUUAGUCUGAGUCAACUAAGUCAAGCUAGCUAGUAACUCUAGACAACACAUGAUUAGGAUGCUAAGACUAGCAUUGCGUCGCACGGCGUCCACAAAUAGCCACAUUGAGCCAGCACGUCUUUUAACUGCAGCUUGUUUGGGAGCGGACAGUCCACCGCAGAGCUCCGGGGGUCACAUCAGGUGUUUCAGACUAAUAACUCCUCACCCACCAAGCGACAGGUCCCCGCUCCACCACCACCAACCUCAGCCGGUCUACCACCUCAGCUCAUCUGUCUUUAUGAGCAUGGCGUCCACCCCUCACAGACACACCAACAGGUUAGCCGAGGAGAGGUCGCCCUACCUGCUGCAACAUGCACACAACCCUGUGGACUGGUAUCCGUGGGGACAAGAGGCUUUUGACAAAGCAAAGAAGGAAGACAAACCCAUCUUUUUAUCAGUGGGCUACUCAACAUGCCAUUGGUGCCAUGUCAUGGAGAGGGAGUCUUUCGAAGAUGAGGAAAUUGGCAAAAUCCUUAGUGACAAUUUUGUCUGCAUCAAAGUAGACCGAGAAGAGAGACCUGAUGUGGACAAGGUCUACAUGACCUUUGUGCAGGCAACGAGUGGAGGUGGAGGUUGGCCCAUGAGUGUGUGGUUGACCCCUGAGCUACGACCUUUCAUUGGGGGCACCUACUACCCUCCUAUAGACCAUGGAAGAAGACCUGGGCUCAAAACAGUUCUCACCAGAAUCAUGGAGCAGUGGAAGAAUAACCGUCCUGCUUUGGAGUCCAGCGGAGAGAGGAUCCUAGAAGCGCUAAAGAAAGGCACGGCCGUCACUGCGAACCCAGGAGCGAGUCCUCCACUGGCCCCAGAUGUCGCUAAACGCUGCUUCCAGCAGUUGGCGCAUUCCUACGAGGAGGAGUAUGGCGGCUUUAGAGACUCUCCAAAGUUCCCCACACCAGUGAAUCUGAUGUUCCUCAUGUCUUACUGGUCUGUGAACCGCUCCACCUCAGAAGGAGUCGAGGCUCUUCAGAUGGCCUUGCACACACUCCGCAUGAUGGCGCAGGGAGGCAUCCACGACCACGUGGCUCAGGGUUUUCAUCGCUACUCUACAGAUUCCUCCUGGCAUGUUCCCCACUUUGAAAAGAUGUUGUAUGACCAGGCUCAGCUGGCAGUAGCCUACAUAACUGCCUCUCAGGUAUCAGGGGAGAAGCUCUUUGCAAAUGUGGCGAAGGACAUACUGCUGUAUGUCUCCAGAGACCUGAGUGACAAGUCCGGAGGCUUCUACAGUGCCGAGGAUGCAGACUCCGUCCCGGCAUCAGGGGGACCAGAAAAGCGCGAGGGGGCUUUCUGCGUCUGGACGGCCUCAGAGGUUCGGGAGCUGUUGCCAGAUGUGGUUGAGGGAGCCACCGGAGCCGCCACACAGGCAGACGUCUUCAAGCACCACUACGGGGUCAAGGAGCAAGGCAAUGUUGAUCUAGAACAGGACCCCCACGGGGAGCUGCAGGGCCAGAAUGUGCUGAUCGUGCGUUAUUCAGUGGAGCUAACGGCUGCUCGCUUUGGCAUCAGUGUCGAGAAAGUAAACGAGCUCCUGGCCUCCGCCAGGGCCAAAAUGGCCAAAGUGAGGGAGAGUCGGCCACGCCCACAUCUGGACACCAAGAUGUUGGCCUCCUGGAAUGGUCUGAUGCUGUCGGCUUACGCCAGCGUCGGAGCUGUGCUGGGGGACAAGGCCUUGCUGGAGAGGGCGGUGCAGGCUGCCAACUUCCUCAAGGAGCACCUGUGGGAUGCUGAACGACAGACCAUCCUCCGAUCCUGUUACCGUGGAGACGACAUGGAGGUGCAACAGAUAUCUCCGCCUAUCUCUGGCUUCCUGGAUGACUACGCCUUCGUCAUCUGCGGCCUGCUGGACCUGUUCGAGGCCACGCAGCAGACGGAGUGGCUGCAGUGGGCCGAGGAGCUGCAGCUCAGGCAGGACGUGCUGUUCUGGGAUGACCAGGGCGGAGGCUACUUCUGCAGCGCUCCCAGCGACAGCACUGUGCUGCUGCAACUCAAAGAGGAUCAGGACGGAGCUGAGCCCAGUGCUAACUCGGUGUCGGCGUCCAAUCUCCUGCGUCUGUCUCACUACAUUGGACGACAGGAGUGGCUCGAGAGGUCCCAACAGCUGCUGGCAGCCUUCUCCGACCGUCUGACCAGCGUCCCCAUAGCGCUGCCUGAAAUGGUCCAGGCUCUUAUGGCCCAACACUACACCCUCAAACAGAUCGUGAUCUGUGGCCAGAGGGAUGCCCCGGACACCACAAGUCUCCUAGCAACAGUCAACUCCCUCUUUCUACCACAUAAGGUUUUGAUGCUCAUUGACGGAGACGCAGGCGAUUUCCUGCGCCAGCGUCUGCCCGCACUGUCCUCCAUGUCCCAGAAGGGCGGUGUAGCCACUGCCCACGUCUGCCAGGACUUCACUUGUUCUCUUCCUGUCACUGACCCCGAGGAACUACGCAGGCUGCUGCUGGACGGCACCACGGAGAAAUAGGCACAAUGAAGUAGUGACUGACCUGAGAUUUAGCCUAGCUUACUUCUGCUGCGAGUCUGACUUUGCCAUAAAAGAUUGCCAGCAUUUAAAAAUGUGAUACGCUACAUUGUUAGGGAUAGGUACAGUACCAUGAGGUGACUUCCGUCCUUCAUUCCAAACCUGUGACUCCAACCUAUUCUAUAUUAGCAAGACCAGCUAUUUAUUUACUCAAAUAUCAACUUGUUUUUUUCCAUAUAAAGGAAUUACGCACAGCAGCAAUGGCAGCCUACUGAAAGUAGCACUUAUACAAAAUGUCCUGGCUUGACUGUUAGCCCAGAAGUAACCCACAAGACUCGUAACAGGCUAUAACCUAAGACCACUCGGAUGAAUUGGACUGGCAAUAUUUCGCAGAUGAACCUGAAUCUGCCCCCCGUCGUCCUCUCCUGGCCUCGUGUUCCAGCUCCCACGUUCACAUCACAUGGAUCUGACAGUGGAGGCCUGCAUGCCUGAGUGUGUAUGUGUGUGAAAAAAAAAAAAAAAAAAAGGUUGGUUCGCAGGUUUGUAUGUAUCCACAUGCACACGUUUCAAAAGUUUAUUGUGUGUGCAUUUCAUUUGUAGUAACGUCACAGCGCGAAGGAGCCGCUCUCCUACGAUCCUCCGUUUACCAUCUGCUCUCACCUCCCCCACCCCCCCACCCGUUAUCUUUGAUUCAACGUGAGAGGAUUCUUCUCCGCUGCUGCAAAGAGCUUUUAUCUCGAGGUCUAGCACAAUACACCCCAUGUAUACGCACAACCCUGAAUAAUAAAGAUAUUUCACUUCAAAGCAGUGUCCAUUUCAUUUUUGGAAUGGAUGCUUCUUUUUGUAGUUUUUAAUUCACUGGGUGCACAACUGUUACGAGGCUUUAUAAGUGGGAUCACUCAAACACGAUUAAGAAGACUUUCACAAUAAAUGACAUGUUGGAUUUGA